GAGCCGGGCUCGGAGACUGUUAAUUUGCAAAGAGCAAAAUCCACCCCAUUUCCUUUGUGGAGCUCUUGGGGUGGCCAGCGGCGGGAGCUCCAAACUUGGGCACGGCUGCACGGCUGCACGGCUGCACGGCUGCACGGCUGCACGGCUGCACGGCUGCACGGCCGGGCGGACCAGCUUUGGCGAACCUCGUCCGGGACUCAGGUGCACCGGCGCCCAGCGGCCCUGGGCUGCCCAGGGUGCGUGGUGUGUGUGGGGGGGUAGUGGGUGCGGCGGAGUGCGGGGCGCACGGCGAGGAGGGGGCCCCCGGGGGAGCUCUGUAUGGAGGAGGGAGCCCAGAAUGGUGUGCACCAGGAAGACCAAAACUUUGGUGUCCACUUGCGUGAUCCUGAGCGGCAUGACCAACAUCAUCUGCCUGCUCUACGUGGGCUGGGUCACCAACUACAUCGCCAGCGUGUAUGUGCGGGGGCAGGAGCCGGCGCCCGACAAGAAGCUGGAGGAAGACAAAGGAGACACCUUGAAGAUCAUUGAGCGGCUGGACCACCUGGAGAAUGUCAUCAGGCAGCACAUCCAAGAGACCCCUGCCAAGCCUGAAGAGUCAGAGGCUGAGUCUUUCACCGACUCCUCUCUGUUUGCACACUGGGGCCAGGAGCUCAGCCCUGAAGGCCGGCGUGUAGCCCUGAAGCAAUUCCAGUACUAUGGCUACAACGCCUACCUCAGUGACCGUCUGCCGCUGGACAGACCCCUACCUGACCUCAGACCCAGUGGGUGCCGCAACCUCUCGUUCCCCGACAGCCUGCCGGAAGUGAGCAUUGUGUUCAUCUUUGUCAACGAAGCGCUCUCGGUGCUGCUGCGCUCCAUCCAUUCCGCCAUGGAGCGCACGCCGUCACGCCUGCUCAAGGAGAUCAUCCUGGUGGACGACAACAGCAGCAACGAGGAACUGAAGGACAAACUGACAGAGUACGUGGACAAGGUGAACGGCCAGAAGCCAGGCUUCAUCAAAGUCGUGCGUCACAGCAAGCAGGAAGGCCUCAUCCGGUCCAGGGUUAGCGGCUGGAGGGCGGCCACUGCCCCCGUGGUGGCCCUCUUUGAUGCCCAUGUGGAGUUCAAUGUGGGCUGGGCAGAGCCUGUGCUCACCCGCAUAAAAGAAAACCGGAAACGUGUCAUCUCACCAUCCUUCGACAACAUCAAAUAUGACAACUUUGAAAUAGAAGAGUACCCACUGGCUGCCCAGGGCUUUGACUGGGAGCUGUGGUGCCGCUACCUAAACCCCCCCAAGGCCUGGUGGAAACUGGAGAACUCUACAGCCCCGAUCAGGAGUCCUGCCCUCAUUGGCUGUUUCAUCGUGGACCGGCAGUAUUUCCAGGAAAUCGGCUUACUGGACGAAGGCAUGGAAGUCUAUGGAGGCGAGAAUGUGGAGCUUGGGAUCAGGGUGUGGCAGUGUGGCGGGAGCGUGGAGGUGCUGCCCUGCUCUCGGAUCGCCCACAUCGAACGAGCCCACAAGCCCUACACCGAGGACCUCACUGCACACGUCCGCAGGAACGCCCUCAGGGUGGCCGAAGUCUGGAUGGAUGAGUUUAAGAGCCACGUCUACAUGGCAUGGAACAUUCCCCAAGAGGACUCGGGAAUCGACAUCGGGAACAUCACGGCAAGGAAGGCCCUGCGGAAACAGCUGCGGUGCAAGACCUUCAGGUGGUACCUGGUCAGCGUGUACCCGGAGAUGAGGAUGUACUCGGACAUCAUUGCCUACGGAGUGCUGCAGAACUCUCUGAAGACUGACUUGUGUCUAGAUCAGGGUCCAGACACAGAGAACGUGCCCAUCGUGUACAUCUGCCAUGGGAUGACGCCCCAGAACGUGUACUACACGAGCAGCCAGCACAUCCACGUGGGCGUCCUGAGCCCCACCGUCGACGAUGACGACAACCGGUGCCUGGUGGAUGUCAACAGCCGGCCGCGGCUCGUGGAGUGCGGCUACGCCAAGGCCAAGAGGAUGAAGCUGCACUGGCUCUUCUCUCAGGGAGGCCCCAUCCAGAAUCGCGAGUCCAAGCGCUGCCUGGAGUUUCAGGAGAGCAGCGACUCCGAGUUCGGCUUCCAGCUGGUGCUGCAGAAGUGCUCGGGGCAGCACUGGAGAAUCACCAACGUGCUGAGGAGCCUGGCGUCCUGACCCGCCCGCGCCCGCCGCCCGGCCCUUUGCUACCGUGUAGCACCCGCCGCCACCCGCCCGCUGUCUCUGUGGGGUUGUUUGGAGUCUGGGGAACCAGGUUAGUGCUCCCUCCCCGAGCUUUUUAUGUCCUAUUCAAUUUUCAUGGAGUUUAUAGAAAGAGGCUGAAUGGUGGGUGUGGAUCUCUUAUCAUAAACUAUUUUACGAUUGUAAAUAGGGGACACAAGGAGAGAUAUUUAUAACUGACAAUAAAAUACCGUUGGUUAAGAAAAG